CAGCCGGCGGACACAGCAGACGAGGACUGGUUUAAAAUGGCGCUGUCUUCUGCUCAAGGAACAAAGAAGAAAGUUUGCUAUUAUUAUGAUGGUGAUGUGGGGAACUACUACUACGGCCAGGGACACCCUAUGAAGCCGCACAGGAUUCGCAUGACACACAACUUGCUGCUUAACUAUGGACUGUAUAGAAAGAUGGAGAUCUACAGACCUCACAAGGCCAGUGGAGAGGAGAUGACCAAGUACCACAGUGAUGACUACAUCAAGUUCCUCAGGUCCAUCCGGCCUGACAACAUGUCUGAGUACAGCAAACAGAUGCAGAGAUUCAACGUAGGAGAAGACUGUCCUGUGUUUGACGGCCUGUUUGAGUUCUGUCAGCUCUCAACCGGGGGCUCUGUCGCGGGGGCGGUGAAACUGAACAAGCAGCAGACUGACAUUGCCAUCAACUGGGCCGGAGGACUCCACCACGCCAAGAAGUCGGAGGCGUCCGGAUUCUGCUACGUCAACGACAUCGUCCUAGCUAUCCUGGAGCUUCUCAAGUACCACCAGAGGGUGCUGUACAUAGACAUUGACAUUCACCAUGGCGACGGGGUAGAGGAGGCCUUCUACACCACAGACAGAGUCAUGACGGUGUCCUUCCACAAGUACGGAGAGUACUUUCCCGGGACAGGAGACCUGCGGGAUAUCGGAGCAGGGAAGGGGAAGUACUAUGCUGUAAACUACCCCCUGAGGGACGGCAUCGAAGAUGAGUCAUACGAAGCCAUCUUCAGACCGAUCAUGGCUAAGGUGAUGGAGAUGUACCAGCCCAGUGCCGUGGUGCUGCAGUGUGGAGCGGACUCUCUCUCUGGGGACAGACUGGGCUGUUUCAACCUCACCAUCAAAGGCCACGCCAAGUGUGUGGAGUACAUGAAGAGCUUCAACCUGCCCCUGCUGAUGCUGGGCGGAGGGGGCUACACCAUCAGGAACGUGGCGCGCUGCUGGACCUUUGAGACGGCCGUGGCUCUGGACAGCAGCAUCCCUAACGAGCUUCCCUACAACGACUACUUUGAGUACUUUGGGCCGGACUUCAAGCUGCACAUCAGCCCCUCCAACAUGACCAACCAGAACAGCAGCGAGUACCUGGACAAGAUCAAGCAGCGUCUGUUUGAGAACCUGCGCAUGCUGCCCCACGCCCCGGGGGUCCAGAUGCAGCCCGUCCCUGACGACGCCCCGCACCCCGACAGUGGAGACGAGGAGGACGACCCCGACACACGCAUCUCCAUCCGCGCCCACGACAAGAGGAUUGCGUGUGACGAGGAAUUCUCAGACUCCGAGGACGAGGGGCAGGGGGGCGGGCGCCGGAACGCAGCCAAUCACAAGAAGACCAAACGAGUGAAGAAGGAGGAGGAGAAGGAAGGGGAGAAAAAAGGUGAGAUCUCCACACACACACACACGCUCAUUCAAGGUAAUGGUUCACUGUAUGAUUACUUGCCUUUGCCAGAUGUGAAAGAGAAGGAUGAGGAGGAGGAGAAUAUGGAUACUUCAGGGCCAAAAGAAGAGGUUAAAACCACCUGAUCCACGAGCCCGGCGUCUGAAAGGAGGGCUGGUCGCUUCAGACAGACGUGCAAUGCUUGAGGACUAACUUAUUUCACACUGAUGUUCGUGUCUAGAUUCCUGGAUAAAGCUGUGAAGUUAGAGUUCCCGUAGCACCUCAGAUAGCCAGGGUCAGAGGUCAGCCAAACUGCGGACACCAGCUGAUUCUUCUGUUUGGUACUUUUUCAUUUUUUAUGAUGUAUGCCCAGAUGUUCCCAGUUUUUCGGCACACUGAGGAAUUGCGCAAUGUUUUAAUUUUGUUUUUCUGACGUGUGUGUGCUAGGUCAGAGGGUGUGUUCCUCAGACGAGGGUGUCGCUGGGUCAGUAACACCUUGUUUUAGACUUGAUCUUUUGUACUGUUCUCCACUGACAGGAGACCACCUCCAGCUGUAUGCAAAGUGUCAGGUGGUUGUAAAUGUGCAUCUAACUUUGUUUACAAAAAUAAAGAUGUUUACUGUCUGCA